UUCCUUUCGGAGCCAGUACUUUCCUGAUCUAGCAAAGGAGAAUCUGACCUGGUGUGAAAACUAUCAGCGAUUAAAUGUGCCCUGAAAGAUUCAAAAAAUGAAAUUACCACCAAAGAUCGUCUGGCUUCUAUUGUUGACUGUUUGUGUAGCAGAAGAUUGUCGAGAACCCCCUCCAAGGCAAGAGACAGAAGUUUUGACAGGUUCCUGGUCUGAGCAAACAUAUGCAGAAGGCACUAAGGCAAUAUACAAAUGCCGCCCGGGAUAUAGAACGUUGGGAACUAUUGUACGGAUGUGCAACAGUGGAAAAUGGGUAUCUCUUAACCCAAGCAGGAUAUGUCAGAAAAGGCCCUGUGGGCACCCUGGAGACACACCCUUUGGCUCUUUCCAUCUUGAAGUAGGAGAGACAUUUCACUAUGGUGCGAAAGUCAUUUAUACAUGUGAUGAUGGGUAUCAGUUACUGGGCCGGGUCAAUUACCGGGAAUGUGAUGCAGAUGGAUGGACUAAUGAUGUUCCUUUAUGUGAAGUUGUCAAGUGUUCACCAGUGACAGAACCAAGGAAUGGGAAAGUCGUUGGUGUACUAGAUAUGGAUCGGGAAUUUUCCUAUGGACAAGUGGUGCGUUUUGAGUGUAAUUCAGGCUUCAUGCUUGAUGGGCCUAAAGAAAUACAUUGCUCAACAAAUGGUGAUUGGAAUGAGGCUAUCCCAGAAUGUGUGGAAAUUUCAUGUAAAUUACCAAACAUUCUAAAUGGGAACCCUAUAUCUCAGAAGACAAUUUAUAAGGAAAAUGAACGAUUUCAAUAUAAAUGUAACAAAGGCUAUAAUUUUGGUGAAAGAGGAGAAGCCAUUUGCACUAAAAAUGGAUGGAGUCCAAGCCCAUCUUGUAAAGAAAUAGCUUGUACUCGUCCUUAUAUUCCAAAUGGUUCCUACAAACCUGAAAAACCCAUAUAUAGAGGUGAUGAUUUAAUCACAUAUGAAUGCAAAGAUGACUUUCACCCUUCAACUCAGGAUACUAAAGUAAAAUGCACAGACACCGGAUGGGUACCAGCUCCAAGAUGUAUUUUCAAGCCUUGUGACUUUCCAAAAAUAUCACAUGGAGCCCUAUAUGAUGAAAGUAGAUACAAGCCAUACUUUCCAGCACACAUAGGAAAAUAUUACUACUAUUAUUGUGAUCAAGACUAUGAGCCUCAAUCAAACCGUUACUAUGGCAUCAUUAAGUGCACACAAUCAGGAUGGGAGCCAAUGCCAACAGAACUUUGCCGCAGAACAUGUGUUUUUAAUGACUUGGAAAAUGGAAAAGGUCCAUGGUAUGCCAAAACGUAUAAACAAGGUCAAUCUAUAAAAGCUGAGUGCUAUCGUGGCUAUAGUCUGCCAAAUGGAGAGAGCUUUAUGACCUGCACAGAGAAUGGUUGGGACCCUCCUCCCAGAUGCAUCCAAAUCAAAAAAUGUUCAAAAUCAGAUAUAGAAAUUAAGAAUGGCUUUUUUUCGGAAAGUAACUAUGAUUAUUCCCUAAAUACACAAACACAAUAUAAGUGCCAACCAGGAUAUAUAACAGAAAAUGGUGAAACAACAGGAUCAAUCACAUGUCAGCAGAGUGGAUGGUCAGAACAACCAAUAUGCAUUAAAUCUUGUGAUAGGCCAGUAUUUGAGAAUGCCAGAACACAAAGUAAUGGCACAAGGUUUAAGCUCAAUGACCGGCUGGACUAUGAAUGCAAACCUGGCUAUGAAAACAAAGAAGGAAGGACCAUGGGUUCCAUCGUAUGUGGUCACAAUGAUUGGUCUGAUAAACCUGAAUGUUUUGAAAGAGAAUGCCCUGUUCCUGAAUUGAAUGAUAUGUACAUAACCGCUGAUUCCAGAAAACUAAAAUAUAAAAUUGGAGAGGUGUUGAAAUUCACCUGUAAAAAUAAACGUGUGAUAGUUGGACCAGAUUCGAGUCAGUGCUACCACUUUGGAUGGUCCCCUAAUAAUCUAGCAUGUAGAGAAUACGUAAAAUCGUGUGGUUCACCCCCUCAACUUAUCCAUGGAAAAACUAAGGAAAUGCAGAAAGAGAACUAUGAACAUGGUGACGUGGUGGAAUACAUGUGUGAUUCUCAGUUUCUGAUGAAGGGUGCUAGUAAAAUUCAGUGUGUUGAUGGAGAAUGGACAGAUUUGCCUAAAUGCAUUGUGGAGGACCGAACAUGUGAAAAUAUACCUGAACUUGAUCAUGGCUUUUCUGAACCUUCUGUUCCUCCUAUUUAUCAUGGAGAUUCAGUAAAGUUCAGUUGCACAGAAGGAUUUACAAUGAUUGGACAGAGAUCAGUUACAUGCCUCCGUGGAAUGUGGACCCAACUUCCUAAAUGCAUUGCAACACAUUUGCUUCAGAAAUGUACACCAGCGAGAUUAUUUGCAACUAAUCCAAACUUAUCAAAUAAAAAUGAAUUUAAUCAUAAUGAAACUGUAAGUUAUGUAUGUAAAAGAACAUCAGAAACAAAGUACUCAACUUGCAUAAAUGGACAAUGGGAUCCUAAAAUAAAUUGCAAUGAAAAACAAGUACAACUAUGCCCACCUCCACCUCAGAUUCCCAAUACUCAACCUAUGACAACCACAGUAAAUUAUCAGGAUGGAGAAAAAAUAUCAAUUCUCUGCCAAGAAAAUUAUCUCAUCCAGGACUCCGAAUCAGAAGAAAUCGAGUGCAAAAAUGGAAUUUGGCAGUCAAUACCACACUGUGUUGCAAAACGUCCAUGUUCCCAGCCACCUUCUAUUGAAAAUGGAAACAUUAUGUCAUCGAACUCUUCACUUACGCCCAACAUUUACCCGCAUGGCACCAAAUUAAGUUACACUUGUCAAGCUGGCUUCAAAAUACUGGAAGAAGAUUGGGUAACAUGCACUAUGGGCAAAUGGAGUUCUCCACCUCAGUGUGUAGGACUUCCUUGUGAAUUACCACCUGUGAUUCCUCAUGGUGUAAUUCAGUCCCAGAAGUUUAAUGGUUACCAAUAUGGAGAAGAAGCCAUAUACAGAUGUGAUGACGGUUAUGGAAUUGAAGGACCUGCAACUGCAAAAUGUUUAGGGGAAAAAUGGUCCAGUCCACCAGAAUGCAUAAAAACAGAUUGCUUAAGCAUACCAAAAUUCAAUAAUUCCAUACUCAUAGGCCCAAAGAAGAGUUUAUAUAAGUCAGGAGAACAAGUGAAUUUUAGAUGUGCAGAUAAUUACCAUCUAGAUGGAUCCAGUUUUACUCAGUGUACUAAGAGCAAAUGGAUAGGAGGGCCAAUAUGCAGAGAUAUUUCCUGUGGCUCUCCACCUGUAGUCGAAAAUGCUAAAAUAAUGAACCAGCUGACAAGGUAUCCACCUGGUGAGCGAGUGCGAUAUGAAUGUAAAAAGCCUUUUGUGGUCUAUGGAGACUCAGAAGUGCAGUGUUUAAAUGGAAACUGGACAGAUCCACCUCAGUGCAAAGAUUCAACUGGAAAAUGCGGUACCCCUCCACCAAUAGACAAUGGAGACAUCACUUCAUUUCCAUUACAAGAAUAUGCUCCUGAAUCAGAAAUUGAGUACAAAUGUCAAAAUCUCUAUAAACUUGAGGGAGCUGAAAUCAUAAGAUGCCAUAAUGGGCAGUGGUCACAACCACCAAAAUGCUUAAGUCCAUGUACAAUAUCAGCAGACAUCAUGAAUAAACAUAGGAUAAAGUUACGAUGGAAGGAUAGAAACAAACUUUAUUCUGAAUCAGGGGAUUUUGUUGAGUUUACCUGUCAAUGGGGAUACUAUUUAACAUCAAGGGAACCGCUUCGAACAACCUGUAUAGAUGGAAAAAUGAUUUAUCCCACCUGUGGAUAGAUUAGUAUUUUCAGUCAGAGUAUAACAUGUAUAAAUUUGCUAUGAAUGUUCCAUUUGUAAUCCAUCUCAAUGUAUUUUAAAGUGAUGUCAAAAUUCUAUUUGAAGUGGACUGGAACCAUGUUGCUGAAAUGGAUUUGAUCCUCAUCAUCCCAUUAUGGUCCCUCAAGCUCACCAAGAGUGAUUUCUGAGCACAAAGCUAGGAAGUAACCACUGGGAAACACUG